CGGGGGCCGGGGGGCCGGGCUGUGGGCUGCGUCCCGCCCCGGGGGCGGUGCCUGGCGGCGGGGAGUGUCAGGAAGAGGAAGGAGCCCGGCCGGGGCCCGCAGAGCCUUGCGCGGGGGGCCACCAUGGCCACGGACGAGCUGGCCAGCAAGCUGAGCCGGCGGCUGCAGAUGGGGGCCGACGGCGGGGGCGAGGGCGAGGGCGAGGGCGAGGGCGAGGGCGGCGCGGAGGGCGAGGGCGGCGGCGAGGCCCCCGAGCAGCCCGGGCUGAACGGGGCGGUGGCGGCCGAGGUGCUGGGCAGCGCGGACGACGAGCUGAGCGCCAAGCUGCUGCGGCGCGCAGACCUCAACCAGGGCAUCGGGGAGCCCCAGUCGCCCAGCCGCCGCGUCUUCAACCCCUACACCGAGUUCAAGGAGUUCUCCAGGAAGCAGAUCAAGGACAUGGAGAAGAUGUUCAAGCAGUAUGAUGCCGGCCGGGAUGGCUUCAUCGACUUAAUGGAGCUAAAGCUCAUGAUGGAGAAGCUAGGGGCCCCCCAGACACACCUGGGCCUGAAGAACAUGAUCAAGGAGGUGGACGAGGACCUCGACAGCAAGCUUAGCUUCCGGGAGUUCCUCCUGAUCUUCCGCAAGGCAGCAGCUGGUGAGCUACAGGAGGACAGCGGGCUGCACGUGCUGGCCCGCCUCUCUGAGAUCGACGUCUCCACUGAGGGUGUCAAGGGCGCCAAGAACUUCUUCGAGGCCAAGGUCCAAGCCAUCAACGUGUCCAGCCGCUUUGAGGAGGAGAUCAAGGCGGAGCAGGAAGAACGGAAGAAGCAGGCUGAGGAGAUGAAGCAGCGGAAAGCGGCCUUCAAGGAGCUACAGUCCACCUUCAAGUAGCGAGGGGCCUCGGCCUGACGGCAGGCACCGCUCGGCACAGGGGCUGGCUCACACACGGGCGGCCCAGCCCAGCCGGAAGCCUCAGCUGUGUCUGAAGGGACCAUUCUAGGAACCUAAACAUGUCUGUGAAUGGAACCAGCUCAGGGGUGUCACGGAGGCUGCCCCGCCUCCCCCUGUCUCCCCUCUGCUGUUCCUGAGGCCAAGACACCAGCGCAGCUCCAGCCACCCCAGUCCUGUGCCCUGGCUGCUUGCUCCUCCCAGCCCGGCUCCUGGCCCUAGGGCAUUCCCAGCCCCCGCAGGCUGCCCCAUGCACCUCUCUCUUCCCCUCUGCAUCUCCCUUUUCACCCCCACCCUCCCCCAAUCAAACCCAGAGACCACCUGCCCUGAACCCACUGCCCUGCCCUGCUCUGGGUCCUCUGAGACUCCUUCCCGGGUGGGAGGGCAUCAGAUGGCAAGGGUUCCAGCUAGCAGGACCUGGGUAGCUGGUGAGAGUCAUGGGGCUUUCCCCUUGCAGCUGUUCUGGCAGCCCUGUGUCCUCUCUCUGCUGGGAGUUCAGGGAGGGAAGGAUAUUCUGGCAAGGGGGCAACUGUGCCAAUCUACCUCAUGGGUCCACGGCUCUGCCCACCGAAGCAUGGGCAGGGGGAGGCUCUGGGGGCAGAAGCACCACUACCUAGCCCCCCUCCCGGAACAGCCUGAGUGUCCCAGGGUCUCUGGAGAGAAGAGUAGGGUGGGCGGGAGAGGAUCAGGAAGUGCUCUGAGUGCGUUGCAUGGACCAGGCUGUGGGGCAGGGAGCCCUGCUGGGCCCUCACCUCCUCCUUCCCCCCAAUCGAGCCUUGUCACCAGCUUAACGGCCCGUCCCCCUCACACCCACCACCCUGAGGAAGCAUGGGGACCCCAGCCCUCCCUGUGCCCCUCCCAGACCGGCCUCGGCCAUGACCCCUCCCCACCCCGGGUCCCACGCAGCCCCCUGCGUUCCCACUCGCCUGCGUGUGUGUCUGUGUCUGUUGCGUGUGUCGUGAAACUGUGAUUAUCAUUCUGUCCAAAACAAGUGAAGCCGGCCGCCGAGGCCACAGUUAUGCAACUCUCUGUGUGUCCCAACAGUGUCACUGCUUUUUAAACCCGAUGGAUGACUCUUUAUUUUAGUGCAAAUGCUUCCCCCACCCCAUCACCACCACAAGGGUCCAGGAGACUUGCAGAGGCUUUUUUUUUUCUUGGCCCUAGAAUCCGCAGAAGUUAGAAGGCACUGACCCUAGAGUGGCACCUCGGCCCUGACUUGCAUCUGCCUUAGAAGAUACAUUUAUACAGAUGAAUAUAAAACUUUUUUUCUUUAGGCUUAUUUGCUUUCCUCUCUCCCUCUCCCCCCUGGCUCUCACUCUUCCCCUCCUCCUUACCCCUCCCCCACAAGAAAUGCUACUUCUUCAUUCAGUGGUACGAUUAUUUUUUUUAACUAAAAUAAGAUAAAAAUGGUAUAUUCUUA